GAAGUGGCGGCGGCGCCGGCCUGGCCUGGCCUGGCUGAGGGGAGGCGGCGGGCGGGAGCGAUGGCGGAGGCCGGGCCACAGGCGCCGCCGCCCCCGGGCACCCCAAGCCGGCACGAGAAGAGCUUGGGACUUCUCACCACCAAGUUCGUGUCGCUUCUGCAGGAGGCCAAGGACGGCGUGCUUGACCUCAAGCUGGCAGCUGACACCCUUGCUGUGCGUCAGAAGCGGCGGAUUUACGACAUUACCAACGUGCUGGAAGGUAUCGGGCUGAUCGAGAAAAAAUCCAAGAAUAGCAUCCAGUGGAAGGGUGUGGGGCCUGGCUGCAAUACCCGGGAGAUUGCGGACAAGCUGAUUGAGCUCAAGGCUGAGAUCGAGUUGCUGCAGCAGCGGGAGCAAGAACUGGACAAGCACAAGGUGUGGGUGCAGCAGAGCAUCCGGAAUGUCACAGAGGACGUGCAGAACAGCUGCUUGGCCUACGUGACUCAUGAGGACAUCUGCAGAUGCUUUGCUGGAGAUACCCUUCUGGCCAUCCGGGCCCCGUCGGGCACCAGCCUCGAGGUGCCCAUCCCAGAGGGCCUCAAUGGACAGAAGAAGUACCAGAUUCACCUGAAGAGUGUGAGUGGCCCCAUCGAGGUGCUGCUGGUGAACAAGGAGGCGUGGAGCUCCCCGCCUGUGGCAGUGCCUGUGCCGCCACCGGAAGAUCUGCUCCAGAGCCCUCCUGCCGUCUCUACCCCUCCGCCUCUGCCCAAGCCUACCCUGGCCCAGCCCCAGGACGCCUCACGCCCAAGCAGUCCCCAGCUGACCAGCCCCGCCCCUGUCCCUGGCAUCACCGAAGUCCAGGGGGUGCCCGGUCCAGCAGCUGAGAUCACAGUGAGCGGUGGCCCUGGACCGGACAGCAAGGACGGUGGGGAGCUCGGCUCCCUGCCCCCAGGCCUGGCAGCCCUGGACACCCGGCCGCUGCAGUCCUCCGCCCUGCUGGACGGCAGUAGCGGCCCAUCCGGACCCAACCCUUCUACCUCCUUUGAGCCCAUCAAGGCAGACCCUACAGGAGUUCUGGAACUCCCCAGAGAGCUGUCAGAAAUCUUUGAUCCCACACGAGAAUGCAUGAGCUCAGAGCUGCUGGAGGAGCUGAUGUCCUCAGAAGUGUUUGCCCCCCUCCUCCGCCUUUCUCCACCCCCUGGAGACCACGAUUACAUCUACAACCUGGACGAGAGUGAAGGUGUCUGUGACCUCUUCGAUGUGCCUGUUCUCAACCUCUGACUGACAGGGACAUUCCCUAUGUGGCUGGGACACAGACUGUGUGACCUGGGGGCUGCCUGAGGACCUCCCCCACUCUACCCCUACACAGCUUGAGAGCCACAGACUCCUGGCUUCCCCAGCCUUCCCUCACUGCAGUUCUGACCACGACUCCCACUCCUGCACGAGCACCUGUACCGUGCUAGGAAAGCAGGGGAAAGGGGCUCAGCCCCCUUCACCAUAGAGCCAGAGUGUUUGCCUCUCCUUUUCUGGGGCUUUCCCCCACCUCAUGCCCUCUUAGAGCCCAGGCUCGGCUGCCACUUAGUGACACAGAACUGAAGACCUGCCAUCAUCUGCAUAGGGCAGCUUGUCCAGCCCCACUGCCCUGUUGCAGCCAAUGCCUCCCACUCUGAGGAGGGAAGCCUAGGGUGGAGCCAGACACUUGCCAGCACCACCCCUAGUCUCCUUCACUUCUCCCCACCCCUGACCCUGCAGCUCUCCCUGGGCCUCUCCCCUGUACCCCCCAUCUGCUGGGCCCUUAGCCCAGAGUACCUAUAGGUGGGGUAGGGGGUGGGGUGGGGGGCUGCUAACAGGAAGGAACAGAGAGGUCUUUAGCUAGAAAUCUGGACGGGUGAGCCCCUGAGGAUUGGCCCAAUCUCCUGCUGCCCUGUAGCCCCCCCCUUGUUUAUUCAUUUGCCCUCAUUUAGAGCCAUUUGCAGAGAUUUAGAAAGAUUUGCAGUAACGAACGGAUUCCUAUAUAAAGAUUAUUUUUAUACUUUUUGCAGCAAAAGGAAAUUGUAAUAUUUGUACAGUAUCCAAGUGAAUAAAGACCAUGCCUAAGGCUA